GUUGUGUUGAAUCGCAGCUAAAGAAGGAGAAGAAGAAGCAGAAGAAGAAGCAGAAGCAGAAGCAGAAGAGGCAAAAUAUUGAUUACAUAACCCAAAACCACUGCUUUGGUUCGACUUUUUUCUUCUCCUUCUUCUGCUUCUUCUUCUGCUUCUUCUCUGUGUUGUAUUCUCUUUGCUGUGUUCUUUUUGCCUGUGCUAUAUUGUGUUAUAUCCCUCUGCUGUCUCAUAUCUUCAACAUGUCCAAGUUCUUCUCCAUCGACGAGCUCAUUGCCUCAGACCAGUCUCUUUCCAGUGACGACUUCUACUCCUCCAGCACCUGUCUCUACAAGUCUAUAUCGAUGGUGAAGCUCUUUCCUAUCCCUCCUCCUGAGAACAAUGAGUACAAGAUUGCUCUGUGGAGCUUGGGGAACCCUCUAUGGCAGGGCUUUGUCACCAUCAACGAGGUGGAGGUCAUGAUCAACCCCAACAAGUACGAUCAAUGCCAACCAUUGUUGAGUCCCAACCAGCUCUACAAGAUGAUGUUCAAAUUCGAGAAAAAUGGCUUUGUUUUCACUGAGUGCAGUUACAUUUCUCAAUUGGAUUUCACAUCAGUCAAUCUCAUAAACACAAGAUUCAACAGGUUCUACGUGAUAGUGUCCGAAGUAAAGAAGAAAAGAGUUGCUUUGGGUUUGAAAUUUGACAAUAGAGACGAUCUCAAUGAGUUCAAUUCUGUGGUGUUGCAGUUCAAGAGAAGAUUAAAGGCCUUUUCGGAUGAUUUAACUAUAGAUCCUAUAAUAGUAGAGCCUGAUAGCAAAAAAGCAGAAAAUGAGAAUCCAGCCUCAGAUCAAGAUUCUUCUCCUGUUUCUUCUCCAAAAACUGAUACAGAUAUGGAUAUGGAAUAUGAUCAAAAUAAUCAAAAUGCAGACCAAAAUAAAGAUAACAGUUAUCUGCGUGGUUAUGAUCCGAUAAAUACUGAUAAAACCAAGACCAAUACUACAAAUCACAACGAUGACGACGAUGACGACGACGACGACGACGAUGAUGAUGAUGAUGAUGAUGAUUUUGGUGAUUUUGUGUCUGGUUUUGAUAAAAUCAAAAUAUCUUCCCAACAUUUCCUUAAAUAG